AUGGCUAUCGACGACGAUAACUUCGAUAUUGACAUCUACGGCGAUGGUACUUACAAUACCAAUGAGCCUGGAGAAUUCAAGCAGGAUGAUUCUGAGCUCGUUCUGGAUGCUCCCGAGAAUCAGCCUGAGCCCAGCACUGAAUCGUCCAACACCGUCAAGCAAGAGAACGCUGCUCCCGCUCAGGCCCAGCAGGUGAACAACAAUGCAACUCAGUCGGCCCCUCAGCAGCAGACAUCCCACCAUGGUCUGCCUGCACCCCCUCAGGGAGUCAAGCGAAAGGAAUACGAGGACCAAUCCGUGGAUCCAGAUGCUACAACUGCUUUGCUGAUCUCGGAUCUAUCCUGGUGGACAACCGAUGACGACAUUCGAGGCUGGGUGAACCAGGCCGGAGUUGAGAAUCAGCUGAAGGAUGUGACCUUCAGCGAGCAUAAAGUUAACGGCAAGAGCAAGGGUCAAGCGUUUGUCGAGUUCACCACUGCGCAGGCAGCGACCGCGACUAAGCACAACAUCGAAAGCAAUAGUAGCCCCGCGCGCAAGCACACCGUGCACUACACCAGCCCCCACCAAAACCCGUUCAAGACUCUCCCCAAGGAUACCCCGAUGCGCAAUGCUGGCGGUCGCGGCGGCGGCGCAGCCCACAGCACCGGUGGCAACCCCAACUACGGCAUGAACAACCACGCCGGUGGCGGAUUCCGCGGCCGAGGCGGCUUCAAUAACCGCGGCAUGGGUGGUAACAUGAACAACAACUUUAACAACCGCAACAACUUCAAUCCCAUGGGUGGAUUCCAAGGUGGUGGCGCGCCCAACCCCAUGAUGGGUGGCUUCCAGGGUGCCCCGAUGGGCGGCAUGCAGAACUACGGAUUCAACAACCGCGGCAACAUGAUGGGCGGUAUGCGUGGCGGUGCUGGUAUGCGCGGCGGUCGUGGUGGAAACACCAUGGGCGGCGGUCCGAACAUGAUGGGUAUGCCUGGUAUGACUCCCCCCAUGGGUGGCAUGGGCAUGAACCCGAUGGCUGGUAUGAACCCCAUGAUGGGCGGCGGCAUGGGAGCCGGUAUGGGAGGCAAUAUGCCGAUGCAAGGACAACAAGGUUUCCAGGGUCCCAACCCCGGAUUUAAUCAGGGCUACUACAACCCUAACAAUCAGACUGGUGGCUCCGACGGAGGUUCCUGGAACCCCCACGGCGCGAAGCGUAGCCGUCAAGACUAA